AUGGACCACCGAGGACCACGGACCACUGAGGACUCUGUCACUGCAGACCCGGGGACCACUGAGGACCACAUCACUGCAGACCCGGGGACCACUGAGAACUCUGUCACUGCAGACCCGGGGACCACUGAGGACUCCGUCACUGCAGACCCAGGGACCACUGAGGACCACAUCACUGCAGACCCGGGGACCACUGAGGACUCUGUCACUGCAGACCCAGGGACCACUGAGGACUCUGUCACUGCAGACCCAGGGACCACUGAGGAACACAUCACUGCAGACCCGGGGACCACUGAGGACUCUGUCACUGCAGACCCAGGGACCACUGAGGACUCUGUCACUGCAGACCCAGGGACCACUGAGGACUCCGUCACUGCAGACCCAGGGACCACUGAGGACCACAUCACUGCAGACCCGGGGACCACUGAGGACUCUGUCAUUGCAGACCCGGGGACCACUGAGGACUCUGUCACUGCAGACCCAGGGACCACUGAGGAACACAUCACUGCAGACCCAGGGACCACUGAGGACUCUGUCACUGCAGACCCGGGGACCACCAAGAAUUCCAUCAGUGCAGACUCAGGGACCACUGAGAACUACGUCACUGCAGGCUCUUGGACCACAGAAGAUGAAACCACUAAACACGGUGACACUCACCUUCUGUGAACUACUUGAGUCACAGCAGUGAAACCUACCAGGCUCCUGACACCCAUGGAAAUUAUCUCCAUAUCCCUGGCUGCAGCCACAGUCAUGUUGCACUCUUUGUUGGACUGGGCUUCAUUGUGGCAGAGUGUUUCCUGGCUCUGUUAAAUCCAUCCACCAAGGUUAUUUAUCAUCCCCAUGGCAUGGACUAGAGUGCACCAUGAAGAGGACCCCAGCAGUGACUACGGUGGGCUCUAGAAAAAGCAGACCCCGUCCGCCUCUGCAGGACCAUGCAGUGUGGUAUGUGUCCUCAGGCCUGCACUCCUCUGCCCCGGUCAGGAGCCCUGGGAAUAAACACCAUCACAUGAGGAAGGCAGCUGGCCUCUGGAAUAAUUACAUGGAGGACACCCAGAAGGAUGCCUAUCCGCUCUGAGCAUCUCCGAGCUCCGAGUUCUGCCUCACCUCGGUUACUUCCUCUGGACAAUCAUCUUUACCUAUCUGCCAGGUUUCGAGGAAUUACACACAGCUCAGAUAUAAAACAUAUUCAUUAAGUCCUUUUGAUCAAAUCAAAAAGGAAAUUUUGUGUUUCUGUCUGGGUUGUAUCUCUACAUUCAUAUAUAUAUAUAUAUAUAUAUAUAUAUAUAUAUAUAUAUAUAUAUACAUUUUAGAUGGAGUUUUCUUUCACCCAGGCUGGAGUGAAGUAGUGUGAUCUCAGCUCACUGCAACCUCUGCCCGCUGUGUUCAAGCGAUUCUCCUGCCUCAGCCUCCUGAGUAACUAGGAUUCUAAUUUUUGUAGUUUUGGUAGAGAUGGGGUUUCACCAUGUUGGCCAGGCUGGUCCCGAACUCUUGACCUCAGGUGACCCACCCGCCUCUGUCUCCCAAAGUGCUAAGAUUACAGACGUGAACCACCACACCCAGACUUAACAAAAUAUUUAUUAAUUGCCUAGCUUGGGGUCAACACUCUAUGUCGAAGUCUGUCUAUCUCAGUCUACCUGUGAGCUGAAGGAUAAAACUUAUCUCUUAAGAGGACUAUACCCGCGUCCCCCCACCACCCAGGUCAAAGGGUCACAUUUACAGGAUGUUGUUAACUGGUCAUUCAGCAAGUAUGUAUGAGCACCUUGCAGGACUGGCCCUGCCACCAUAGCAAAUAAAUGAGUCUCAUCCCAAUCGCGGUGUGAAAUGAGGACAUGAAGUCCUGCCCUGACCUCUGACUAAGAGAAAAGCCCUGCCUGAUAGAAGGAGGGACUUGUCCUUCCUUACUGUGAAUGCACCAUAUUCAUGCACCUAUGGAUGAUGGCUAAGACCACAGACAAGGCCGGGCAUUGGAUAUAACAGCUCUGUGACGAGUUCAGGACAAAAAGCAAAAGAUCAAAGAUAUUUGAAGACAAUUAUUACUACUGAUGCCACUACAAGCAGCAUCACCAUCACUGUUAAAUAAUGGAAUUGUAGUAUUAUGAUACAGAGUCAGAAACGCAGAAUAAUAAAUUAAAAUAUUUCAAUCCAGUUUGUCUGUUUCCAAAAUGUAUACAGCAUCUGUUAAUCAUCCAGGCAUUGCAGCUACAAGUUGGAUAAGAUUCAAACUGUUUACCGGAUAGUUCUCAAGUCAGACAGUUAAUACUGAUCAUUUUUAUAUGAUAUGACAAGUGACACGAUUGGCCCAUAAGUGCAGGGGACACCUAGAAACUAAAAGGACUCAGAGCUUCAUCAUCAUGUAGCUGGCUAUCUGUAGAGUAAGUCCUAAAUUCUCAGAACCUCCUUUUCAAUUUUUCAAGUGAAAAGUUGAAUUGAUUAAUUAAUAUUAAACUAAUACUUCUAAGAAUUAUGUGAUAAACUCCUUUAAAGGAAAAGUUUGUUUGUUUGUUUGUUUUGAGACAGAGUCUCACUCUGUUGCCCAGGUUGGAGUGCAGUGGUGUGAUCUCAGCUCACUGCAACCUCUGCCUCCUGGGUUCAAGUGAUUCUCAUGCCUUGGCCUCUGAGUAGCUGAGAUUACAGGCACCUGCCACCAUGCUCAGCUAAUUUUUGUAUUUUUAGUAGAGAUGAGGUUUCACCAUGUUGCCCAGGCUGGUCUUGAACUCCUGACCUCAGAUGAUCCACCCACCUUGGCCUCCCAAAAUGCUGGGAUUACAGGUGUGGGCCACUGUGCCUGGCCAGAAAAGAGAUUUUUUUGAGAACUCAUCAUGUUGGCUUAAACUAUUUAUAUUAAAUUAUGUAAAUAUAUAUGAAACAGAAAAUAAAACUCCUUAUGCUUAUAACUCUA